GUUGGCUUUUGUGUCACCCAACACGGGUACGAACAUGUGAGCGCUGUGACUGUGACAGCAACAAGAAACAGUUGAAAGUGCCGCGUGUCCUGUCCAGCGUCAUCCUCAUUGGAGCAGACACACCACACCACACCACAGCACACACUACAUCCAUGGGGCACACGGGUAUGCGAAUACGGGGUUCAACACAUCCAUUGACACUUAUCGCGUGGGUGGCGCGUUUAAUUCACAUUUUAUUUCAGUGCCCGUUGGCUGCGCGCGUAAUUGUUGCUUCCACGAGCUGUACAGGAGGCCAGGAGGCCAUGCCAGGAUAUAGUCUGUUCGCGUUGGCGCUGCACGGCGGUUGUGUGCGCGGUGAAUCGCGCAUUCUGUGGGUACUCUCGCCUUCCUGGUUUAGUAGUUGGUCAUGCAGAACGAGGCCACCGAGAAUGUGGAACCGCAGCCAUCCACAGCCACACCAGUGGCAACGACCGACUUCAUGCAGAGCCCACCGGCCGCAGCCCCACGGCGACCCAAGCCCGGAAUCCUUCGUCUGGAUAUCGGCAAGCCGCGACGCUCAUCAGGUGGUUCUGUCGAUUUCCGCUGCGUGGGCAGCAGUGGCAGCGGCAGUGGCAGCAACAUCGCCACUGGCGCCAACAGUGAGAACAACUCUGGUGUCACCUCGCCACAUCAAUUAUCUGUGACCUGGGCCCCGCCAUGCGACUUGAAUAAAGGGGGCUGGCAAAUGCAGAGCAGCGCCGAUGAGAAGAGGGAAUUCUACAGAGGACAGAGGGGAAAGAGAGCCGCAUCGCAGGAGGAAAAUAGGUCGUAUGAGCUGAACGAUUUCCAAUCACAGAACCAGAGCAGCGACGCCGAGAGCAGCCACCAGGAGCCCCACUUUGUCGUCCAGUCUCCUCCUCCGCCUCCACAACUUUAUGAAGAUGGCGGCACUGGCGAUGUUGACGAUGAGGAGGACUACUCAAUAUCCGUAUCGGCAAUAAUGCAGAGACGUGCCAGUGUACGCGGCUAUCGGGGAAAACGUGGCAGUCGCAAUUCGCGACGAGCAUCUAGUCCCAUGGAUCACGUGCUGGAUAGUGUGGAGCGGCGGCGCUCCAGUGUCUAUACGACAAGUUCAGAGGAGGGCACCAAUCAGGAGUCCACGCAAGAGCAAAUCUUUGAGAACAUACGCCUACACAAGGAGGUUAUACAGUCGGUGAAGUUACAGCCAUGGCCCAUCCGCAAGAAGCUCAAGCUGGUGCGGCAGGCCAAAACAUAUGUGGCACGCCACGAGGGCGCGCUUCAGGAGCGCUUCGCCAUGUCACGCAGCACCCGAGACUUGUGGGCGAGGUUUAAAAUUUUAAUGGCGGCACGCUGGCGACACUGGAAGCGGGAGACGACCAGCUUCCUAACCGUCCUCAUACCCUGGGAGCUGCGCAUCAAGGAAAUCGAAUCCCACUUCGGCUCCGGCGUCGCCUCCUACUUUACAUUCCUGCGCUGGCUUAUGUGGGUCAACAUUAUGAUAGCCAUUCCGCUGGUGGCCUUUGUCAUCGGACCGGAGUAUUUCGCCACGAAGCACGGGGAAACGGAUCCAAGGAAACGCAUGACCGACGCGGAACGAAAUGUGGCUGGCAAUCUCUUCACAUUCUGGGAAUUUGAGGGAUUCCUCAAAUACUCACCUAUGUUUUAUGGUUACUACUCGAGCACUUCCGGCAUCAGCGUUUCCGGAUAUAAGCUGCCCUUAGCCUAUUUCCUUACCGCCGUCUUGGUUUACAUCUACAGCUUUGUGGCCACGCUGAGAAAAAUGGCAGAGAACUCUCGCAACUCGAAACUUUCCUCGAAGGAUGAUGAGUGUGUCUUCUCGUGGAAGCUCUUCACCGGCUGGGACUUUAUGAUUGGACACGCGGAGACGGCGCAUAAUCGCAUUGCAUCCGUGGUUGUCGGCUUCAAGGAGGCCUUGCUGGAGGAGGCCGAAAAGAAGAAAGAUAAUCGCAACUGGCGGGUAAUCCUCCAAAGAAUACUGGUCAAUAUAUUGGUAAUGGGUCUGCUGGGUCUGUCGGGUGCCACGGUGGUGCUGCUUGUCAAUCACUCUGAGGAUUUGGCCAAACACGACAACUGGCUGAGCAGGAAUGCUGUGAACGUGACCAUGACGUUGCUCUCCUUCUUCUUGCCCAUGAUAUUCGAGGCUCUGGGUUUGUUUGAGAACUGGCAUCCCAGGCAGCAGCUAAGAUUGCAGCUGGCAAGAAUUAUGAUACUCAACAUGCUGAAUCUGUACUCCCUGAUGUUCUCCUUCAUCUACAAGAUCAACAGCAAGGAGAAGCCGCUGCAGCUGCUGAAGCUGGAGAACGAGACCAACACAAUGGAGCUGCAGAAUCUUUUAAGCUCCAUCGAGGCCCUGCGUGCUAUGACGCCCACCACGUCGCUCUACAGCGACAGUACAUCGGAGGGCCUGUUCGACGAAUCCACUUCCACUGCCGCGUGGGGCGAGGAUGGAGGCAGCACCACCGACGGCCUGCUCUCUACGACAGCAGCCGCCGCCCUGAUCUCCUCCGCUGUGCAGCGGAUCAAGUGCUAUAACAUGACUUUCAAAUGCUCAAAACCUAUACGAACCAUAAUCAGUGCAAAGAACUUGGCCACCACACUGAUGCUGCUUAAUCUGACAACACCUACCGUGCUGCCACCAACCACUUUACCCACUACUUUACCCACUACUUUGCCCACUACUUUGCCCACUACUUUGCCAACGACUUUGCCUACAACUUUGCCUACAACUUUGCCAACGACAUUGCCCACGAUCCCGACCACGGAACCGACUACAAUUCGAACGACUUCAUCGCUUUGGACAACGGUAGCCACGAAAGCUACCACAUUGACCACAGAGCCGAGCACAACGACACCUUGGAACACAGUUCCGCCUUCAACAAGCACCCCUGAAGAAUCUACAAUAACGAAAGCCCCCACGACUCCCACGACCGCAAGGGCAACGACAGCCGUACCAACAACUUUAAGGCCAAGCACUACUUCGACCACCACCACCACCACCACCACGACGGAGGCACCCAAGAAAGAAGAGGAGGAAGAAUUCUUCUAUACCACCGACAACGACAACGAAGAUGUCUACGACUAUGGCAGCGAUGAGCCGCUGGCAUCACCCUCCACUGUGGCUCCGGACAAUGAUAACUUUUCCAGCUACACGGACUAUUCGGAAGAUCCGCCCGUUUCGGAUAAUGACUACGAGGACACGGAGGACGGGGACACCACCCAACAGGCCGAUGACCCCCUGGCUCUGGUUCUGGCCCAAUUGGAUGAUGACGAGGAAAAGGCUCAGAUCCGAACGAAAAGGGCUUUGGGCGAUGCACCUAUAUGGCGAACUAGCAAAUAUAGUAGACGACAUCGAAAUGAAUCCAGUGUCACUGGGAGACAAGCUGGGUCCACCACAGAGUCUGCGAAUACGCCACCAAGCCGUUGGCCCGUUUAUAGGCCACCCUAUAGACCUCCCACAACAAGGACGACUGCCAGCACUAGACCCACCAAGAGGAUACUCACCGAAGAGGAGUGGAAUAACCUCAUAAAUCAGUUGAGACUUGGGCGCAGAAAAACCACCACAACUACGGCCACUCCCACCAGCAGCACCCGACGAACACGAGGAUGGUUUAGGACAACAACCGUAGAAAGUACGUCAACCACGGAGGAUUACACAUCAUCCACCACAGAGUUUGGCACUGACUCAACCAGCCCAGAAAGCAGCACCAGCAACGGCGGCAGCAGCACCACUGAGGAUGACUAUUCCUUCACUGAGCGAUAUGGAAAGACCCCGUACUAUAUAGGAUACGGGAAUGCGGCGGAGAUCGGGAGCACCGUCUAUUACGACGAGGACAGCGAGUACCUAGAGCUCUGUGUAAUUACCGUGUGUCCCAAGGGGCCAGAGGACGACAUAUUCGGUGGCAGCACCACCGAUGGCCUGGACAGCACCACCCCUAGCAGCGACAGCAAGCAUCUAUCCACAGUCAAGCUGACUCCCCUGGAGCGGAAGAUGAAGCGUCUGCGGGAGGUGAAGCUGGCGAUUAAGCAAAUCCAGACCAAUUUGACAACCAUGUGCUGGGAAACGUCCCUGGGCCAGGAGCUAUCAAAGGUCAUCGUCUUCGAUGGGCUGAUGUCCAUUGUGGCCCCACUCUGCAUCGACUUCCUGCGUGCUUUGUUUGUGCGCUACGUCAAUCAAAACUGGUGCUGGGACAUGGAGAAGACUUUUCCACAGUACGGGGACUUCAAGAUAGCCGAGAACAUCCUGACGUUGAUUAAUAACCAGGGCCAAGUGUGGAUGGGCAUAUUCUUCUCGCCGGGCCUGGUACUCAUCAACCUGGUCAAGCUGAUGAUUAUGAUGUACUUCAGGUCGUGGAUAGUCCUCACCUGCAACGUGCCCCACGAGGUCGUUUUCAAGGCCUCCAAGUCAAACAACUUCUACCUGUCACUGCUGCUGACCAUGUUGUUCCUUUGUGUGCUACCCGUGGGAUAUGCCAUUGUCUGGCUGCGCCCCUCCUGGCACUGUGGACCCUUCUCGGAGUACAACCGGAUUGCCGAGUUCAUUACAAAUACCACCCGUAAUGCCCUGCCCCAACAACUCCAUGAACCCCUGGACUACCUGACCUCAUCGAGCACCGUGAUUCCCUUGCUGCUCCUACUCAUCCUGAUCAUCUACUAUCUGGUGUCGCUGACGGGCGCCCUGCGCGAAGCCAACCAGGACCUGCGGACGCAGCUGCAGAAGGAGCGCGAGGAGGAGCGCAAGAAGAUCUUCAAGGUGCCCGAGGUCAAGCAGGCGGAACCGACGGCGACAACGUUGACAAAUCGCUGGCGAAAGGUACUCGAAGCAUCCUCGCCAGUCACCCCCACGCAGCAGCCCGAUUUCGACACGGAGGAGUACAAGAAUCAGGCCAGAAAGGAGCUUAUCUCACGCAUCAUGAAGAAGGCCCUACGCAAGGGCUCGGCCACCUCGGACGAAGACUCCUUUGUGCGACGCGAUGACGACGAUACGGACACUGAGCACCAGGACUCGCUGCCCCACGAUGAGGAGGCCAAGGACAAGCGGUUCGGCCUGUCGCGACUGCAGCAGAUUCGUCGCACUCGGAAGCCCUCGCUGGUGGACAUUGUGCAGAUUGCCAAGCAGGAACGGGCCCGGGCCAGUUCCAUUGUGGCUGCCAAUGGUGGAGGAGUGGCCAGCAGUUCAGGGGCGGGUGGCGGAAUUGGUGGCAACUUUCCCGUGAAGGAGCCGCAUCCCAAAAGCCGUUUUAAAGUCGAGAAACACGAGCGAAGAGAUAGAGGCAGCAUGAAAGAGAAAAAGGAGCCCAGGCACAAGCAACCGCCCCCCUACGAGUCGCCCAAGGAGAAUGAACAUGAUCCGGAUACAAAUUCAAGGAUUGUCAGCGAGCGCCGCGCCAGCUUGCUACGUCGCCACAAGGAGCAAGGGGAGGACGAGUCGAAGCCACCCACACCAGAGCCGCAGACACCCACGACAGAGCGCGUCCAACAGACAGCAGAGGAGUCAACACCCGAAACGCCUCCGCUGGCCAAGAGCAAAUUCCACAUAGUUGACGAAAAGAAGCCGCCGCAGGAGGUAGAAGAUAAACCCUUGCCAUCGCCCAAGGAAAGCGGAGGUGGAAGUGGCGGAGGCGGAGGCGGCGGAGGAGGCGGCGGAGGACUCGAGGCUAUUGGCCUCGGAAAGUUCAAGUUUCGCAAGCACAAAAUCAAGUCAAAUAAUGCGGUUGCUAAGCCAGAGCCUGAAGUGUUCAAGUUCGAUGAGAGGAGCGUGGAGAAGAGCAAGGCUGGUGGACUCUCAGAUGUGCCCGCCUCGGAUCACCUAAGCAGCGAGGUGGCCGGCGGAGAGGAGCAGCAGCCGAACCUGCCCUCACCCACGCCCAGUCAGGGCCAUCAUCAGCGCCAGUUGUCUGUCCUCUCGCGACAGGGGCGUAAGAAGAUUGGCUCUCUUCUCGCCCUCGUACGCGAGGCUGUAAACCUCAAGAAGGACGAUGUGGAGCAGGGCUCGGAUGAGUCUCCUGGUCCUACCACGCCCACAUAUUUGGCCUACACACCGCCCCCACCACCUUCAGUAUUGUCGAGCAACUCCAGCGCCACUGCCCUCGAGAUGCCACCUACACCGGAACCAGAAUCUCCAACGCCCAGUGCACCUCUGCAUUUUGGCAGCGGUACAUCCUCAUCGUCUGGUCGUCCUAAUUCGCGGCCACCCAAACCACCGCCAGGGGUGACCACCCCAACGGCCACAUUGGCCACAAUGGAUGACUUGGAGGAACUGGAUUUGCCCGGACCCAUCACAUUUCCCAACCGAAGCGCCUCCCAGCGACGUCGCACCAUGAGGCAGGACUCGCAGAGCUCCAUUUGGUCCGAUAACAUACCCACAAUCACCAUCAGCACCACCGGCAGCGAUGAGUGCAUUGUGGAGGCGGUGCCGCCGGAAAAUGGGCUGCCAGAGACGCGUGGCAGUGAACCGCCGGGGCCCACGGUCAACAUUAUCAAGAUCAACAUUGAGGACGAGGAAGAGCAGGAUAAAUAAAUGCUCGUCCUUCAAGUGCCUUGAACGCCAGAUUGUCUUCUUAACCGAAGGAAUUAGUAUUCUUCCUACUCUCUAAUCACAAUUUAGCUUGAAUCUUGUUCUUCUAACUGACUACCAAUACAAUACUCGUACAAUACUUUCAUUAAAUAACUUAAUUCCUUAUGAAAAUUGAAAUAAAAUCUAUAUAUUGCACGGAAGGA